AUGAUCAUGAAGAGUUGGCUUUUGCCCUUCUGCCUCUUGAUGUUCUUCAGUGAAAUUUUUUCUCAGGAUUGUAACAAUCUUCGCCAUGAUCUAAAAGGAGCCAACAAAGCGAACUUGGAACUUCUGAAUGUCAAAAUGGGAUCAACCAUUCCUCUGCAAUGUGUAGAUGAUGUAAUCAAUUUCUCAUCCAACCCCAAUGAAGAGAAUCUCCCAAGCAUUUAUGAUUUCGAAGAGGCAAACGCCACAGUGGCCAUAGAUGAAAUCCUCCAACAGAUAAGUUACCUCUUCAACCAAAACCAUACCAAAUUGUCCUGGGAUGAGAACUCCAUUGCCUCUUUCAAACUUGGAGUGGAAGAUGAAAUUAAGAAAUUGACACCGUGCUUGGGUGAAAGGAUUGAUGAGUUGAGAGAGAAAGUGAAAAAAUACUUCCAACGAAUCAACAACCACCUGAAAGAUAAGGAAUAUAGCCUGUGUGCCUGGGAGAUUGUCCAAAUGGAAGUUAGGCAGUGCUUAAUAGUGAUUGAUCAACUCAUCUCAAGGAUCCCCAAAAAAGGUACUCUGCGGUCGCAAAACCCAUGCUUUUAUUUAAAACUGGAUUAA